AUGGAUAAACUUACUUUUCUUGAGUCGACUCUUAUCCCUCAGGAAAGCACAAGAUAUUCAAACUUCGAUAGUCUCUGUGACCGGAAUUUGGAUUCAACAAUAACAGAAGCUGCGAGUUCACAGGAAUCAAGCAUCCCCGUAUUAGGCGAUCGCACUAAUAGCGUUAGCAGUAGUCUGAGCUUGAGGAGGAAAAGGAGAUUAGAUGGGGAGGGUAGAGUCCAGUGCAGUGGCAGCAGCGGAGGCCGUCAGAAUCGUCUGGACAGAAUGCGUAGAGAAGACCGCUAUACGUGGAUAGGUUAUUUCGUCGUCGACACACUACGUCGUCUAACGGAUGCCGAAGCAGACCGCUUGAUAUACGGGAUAAUGGGUCUUUGCCUUCGCAUGGGGCCCAACUACGACGCUGAAAACAAUUAUGAGCGAAAUUUGCAGAACUCUGGGCUUGGAUAA